UCUCACUUCUUUUCUUCUUCUUCAAACUGCAUUUUCUUGAAAUUAAUACAGUUAAAGAAGUUUUAAAUUUUUUAAAUUAAUUUAACAGUUUAAAAUAAUCAUGGCUGGCGGAGGUUUCUCUGCUGCGUCGUCCGGCGGAAAAGAGUUUGAGGCUAAGAUAACUCCGAUCGUUAUCAUUUCUUGUAUAAUGGCUGCCACCGGUGGUCUCAUGUUCGGUUAUGAUGUUGGUGUUUCAGGGGGUGUGACAUCUAUGCCAAAUUUCUUGCAGAAAUUUUUCCCAACUGUGUAUGACAAGACACAAGAUCCAAAAAUAAACAGUAACUAUUGCAAGUAUGAUAAUCAAGGCUUGCAAUUGUUCACAUCAUCACUUUACUUGGCUGGUUUAGUUGCAACUUUCUUUGCAUCUUACACCACCAGAAACUUUGGCCGGCGGCCUACUAUGUUGAUUGCCGGCAUUUUCUUUAUUGUUGGUGUUGUUCUUAACUCUGCUGCUCAAGACCUUGCCAUGCUCAUCAUCGGCAGGAUUUUACUUGGUUGUGGUGUUGGUUUCGCCAAUCAGGCUGUGCCUCUGUUUCUAUCCGAGAUAGCACCUACAAGAAUACGUGGCGGUCUAAACAUACUCUUCCAGCUUAAUGUCACCAUCGGAAUUCUUUUCGCGAACCUUGUCAAUUAUGGUACUGCGAAAAUUGAUGGUGAAGGCUGGAGAAUAUCAUUGGGACUGGCGGGCAUUCCUGCACUUCUCUUGACUGUAGGGGCUCUCUUUGUAUCAGAAACUCCUAACAGCCUCAUAGAGCGCGAUCGUCUGGAGGAAGGAAAAGCGGUCCUCAGAAGGAUUAGGGGCACAGAUAAUAUUGAGCCAGAGUUCUUGGAGCUAGUUGAGGCAAGCCGUGCAGCGAAAGCAGUGAAACACCCCUUCAAGAAUCUUAUGAAACGGAGGAACCGCCCCCAGCUGGUUAUAGCAGUAGCCUUGCAGAUUUUCCAGCAAUUCACAGGAAUCAACGCAAUCAUGUUCUACGCUCCUGUCCUAUUUAGCACGGUAGGAUUCGGCAGCGAUGCUGCACUCUAUUCCGCCGUUAUAACUGGCGCUGUCAAUGUUGUUUCUACCGUUGUGUCCAUUUAUUCAGUGGAUAAAUUAGGCCGUCGAAUGCUCCUAUUGGAAGCCGGUAUCCAAAUGUUCGUGUCUCAAGUCAUAAUUGCAAUAAUACUGGGGAUCAAGGUUACAGAUCACUCGGAAAAUCUUUCGAAAACAUUCGCGGUAUUAGUCGUAAUCAUGGUUUGCACAUUUGUUUCGGCUUUUGCUUGGUCGUGGGGGCCUCUAGGAUGGCUAAUCCCGAGUGAAAUUUUCCGGUUGGAAACACGGUCAGCCGGACAAAGUGUGACCGUUUGUGUUAACUUGCUCUUCACGUUUGCCAUAGCACAAGCUUUCCUAUCUAUGCUUUGCCAUUUCAAAUUUGGUAUCUUCUUGUUCUUCUCUGGUUGGGUACUUGUCAUGUCGUUUUUCGUGUUUUUCUUGGUACCGGAGACGAAAAAUAUACCGAUCGAAGAGAUGACAGAGAGAGUGUGGAAGCAGCAUUGGUUCUGGAAGAGAUUUAUGGAUGAUUAUGAAGAUGGAGAAAUUGAAAUGAAGAAGCCAGCCAAAAAUGGGCAUAGUAAUGGAUUUAAUUCGGUUACUCAGUUGUAAAUUUGACUGAAAGUAAUAUAUACAUAUAAUAAUUAAUAUA